AUGGCUGCCAUGGAUAUGCCCAUUGCUGCUGUCUGGGAUAAGCAGGAGUGGUCCACCAAGAUUGUUGACAAGGAAAUUGAGUCUGCUGAUAAGGAGAUGAGUCCAAUGAUGUUGUUGAGUCUGGGAACGGUCUCUACGACGACCGUUGCUGCUGUUGCGCUUGGUUAUCAUGAUAAUUGUGUAACUGAUAGUCUAUUUCCAUAUUGGAUUCGACCACGAGACCGCAAACUAUUGCAAACAAAUGGGGAGGUGAAUAUCAAUACAAUUGUGGAUGCUAAUGGAAGUGGAAAUUAUACUAAAAUAAUGGAUGCAAUAUCGGCAUCACCUUAUAAAAGCAUGAAGCGAUAUGUGAUAUUGAUAAAGAGAGGUGUGUACAUGGAAAAUAUUGUGAUUGAUGAAUCUAAGUGGAACCUCAUGAUUAUUGGAGAGGGUAUAGAUACCACUAUCAUCUCUGCUGUUAGUGGAAAAAGGUUUAUCGCGAAAGAAAUUUCUUUUCGGAACACGGCUGGGCCAACAAAUGGACAAGCAGUGGCACUAAAAUCCGAUUCAGAUUUCUCAGUUUUUUAUCGGUGUGAGAUUUCCGGCUAUCAGGAUAGUUUAUGCGCAAAUACUAAUCUUCAAUUUUAUAAAGAAUGCAUAAUGAGCGGCACAGUGGACUUCAUAUUUGGAUAUGCAACCGCGGUGUUUCAAAACUGCACCAUAUUAGUCAAGAAAGGGUUGCCGGUACAAAAGAACACAAUCACAGCUCAAGGAGGAAAAUACCAGGGAAGACCAACUGGUUUCUCCUUUCAGUUUUGCAAUAUCGCUGCAGACUCCGAUCUUUUACCAGCAAUUAAAUCAACCUCGACAUUCCUUGGUAGACCGUGGCAUCCAUAUUCAAAAGUAAUCUUCAUGCAAACUUACAUAAGUGAUGUUUUGAAUCAAGGAGGGUGGUUAGAGUGGAAUGGUUCACAGUAUUUGGAUACAUUAUAUUAUGCAGAGUACAAUAACUUUGGACCAGGAGCAGACCUACGAAACCGUGUGAAAUGGUCUGGCUACCAUAUGUUGAAUGAUUCUAGUCAAGCUCGUAUCUUCACCGUCGCCCAAUUCAUUUCGGGGGAUCAAUGGUUACCUUCUACGGGUGUACCGUUUAUCAGUGGAUUAGGGGAUCAAAACAUUAUAUAG